ACAAGAGACAGAAAUUCAGCACAGAAGAGGAGUAUUCUAUCCAUAUAUGGAUGUGUGUGCAAAGCAUCUCUGCAGGUGAUGACUUUGAUGCUGAAAUUGAAAACACAACAGAAAAUGGUGACACCCCAAAAACACAGACAUUUUUUUUCUACGUAGAAUUUGACAAAAGCUCAUCGUAUAUGGGCCCGCACCUCUAGUAUACUGUCCCAACUCUCACGUAUUCUUCUUCCUCUUCUGCCACACAACAAACAGCAACACCAACAACAACAACGUUGUAAAAGUUCUCCCCUUUCACUUUCUCACGAUCCCAUAGUAACCUUCUCUCUCUUCUUUCUGCCACUUUUUCUCAGUCUUUAAUGGCUGCCCGCAUAAAAAUUCCGCGUUAAACAAUCGUGGGUCGGUGCAAGUUAGCAUUUUUCUUAUCUUUUGGGUUGUCAAAAAGAAACCCAAUAGGAAAAGUCUUGUUCUUUUUCUUUUGGGGUGGUCUUUUUUUCUUUUGGUAAAAUUUGAUGCCAGUUUCACCCCCCCCCCCCCCCCCCCCCCCCCCCCCAAAAAAAAAACAUUGUUCUGUGAGAAUAUAGUGUUCACAAGGCAUUUUUUCUAUCUACCUAUAUGUGUCUUGGUGAAACUGAGGCUGAGGGAGAGUUUGGUGAUACAGAUUGUUUUUUUUUUUGUUUUGUUGUAGAGUUUCAGUGAGAAUGGUGUGCAAGAGUUCACAGUUGAGUGGGAAUGUCUUGGGAAACACCUCUAUGAUGAUGUGUUGUUGUUGUUGCUAAAUUAUUGGGGAACUAAUUGGAUGUUUCUUCUGUGGUGAAAGAAGAUAAAUGCACUGUUGAUUUCAUUCAUGGUUCUGUUAUGCAGAAAUUAUGGAGUUCUGUUUCAAUUGGUGAUUGUGACAUUUGGAUUUGACAGUGCUGGGACCAAGCUUUUGUGUGUGUGAAGCUUUUUUUAUGUUAUUAUCAAAUUUUUUCAUUACGUUUAAUCAUUCAACUUUCUUUUUCCCAUAUUGGAAGAAAGGGGGGAUUCACUGAAUAAUGGUGGCUAGGUGUCUCAAUUGCUUGCCCUUUUUUCUUUGAUGGGAAGAGUGGACUGCAAUUUUCAGCUUUUUGCUGUGGAACAUGUUCUGGUUAUGGUCUGUGCAUGAAGAAAGAAGGCAUUGAUACCUUUCCCUCCAAAGAAAUCUUAUAUUGCUUCUCUGAGAUUCACUCGGUUAGGAAACUUGGGGGAGUGAAAUUGGAAUUCUUAAAUGCUUUGAGAGUGAACUCACCAAGCUGCAUCUCAGCCUUAUGCUCCUUCAACAUGUUGAGUAAGAAAAAUCCCGGACUAUAGGUUGUGCAAGAUUACAGUGAGAGGAGUUUUGUAUGAGCAUAGGCAACAUAAGGUCAAUAUUACCUUAUUAGCAUCCUGAGAAAAGGGAAAAAAGGAAAAACGGAAGUCAACUGUGCCAAUCAAUCAUUAUGGCAAAGAGGUGCCAAAGAUUCCCUGUGAAUUAUGAGAAAGAUCAGUCAGGAUGUAUGUGGGGUUUUAUUAGUAUAUUUGACUUUCGUCAUGCCCGCUUUACUCGGAAGUUGAUUGCGGAUAGGAGGCAUGGCAGCAAGCAUGCUGUUGGUGCUGCACUUACCAAGAACAAGUUUGAAGUGUUGAGCAAUUUGGAUGAAGAAUAUGAAGGCAAUUUUGACAGAGGAGAGAGUAAGAGACUAACACUGACAAAUGAUGCAGAUAAGCUUAGUGUGAAGAAACUCAUAGAAGAAGAGAUGAUCAUUGACCAGGAUGAAAUAAAGGACCAAGGUAAUGCUGAAGUAGAAUCAAAGCAAUCCAGAUUAGGGCAUGAAGGCCCCCCAAAGACAGAUUCCAAAAGAAAAAAGAAAUCUCGCAAGAAAAGCCGUGAUAUGGAUAGCCAUGAUUUGAAUUCAGAUGCAACCUUGAAAUCUGAAUUUUCACAUAAACCGCAUUCAAGACAACAGUCAAAAGAUAAUCUAGAUUUGAACAAAAUAAUGGAUGAUUUUUGUCAUGUUGAAGCUGCUUGUUCCAUGAUGAAUGAUGAUCAUGGCAAAAUUGAUGAACAGUCAAACCAAAAGCAUGUUAUCUCUGAAAACCUAGCUAAUGCAAUCCAUGAAUUUGCAAAUCAGAUGAGAUUGAAUGGGAAAGAUCUGCCUGAAGAUGGACAAUUGCUUAGCUCACAUGAACUCAUGGAAGCACUUCAGGUUAUAAGUUCAGAUAAGCAAUUGUUUCUUAGACUUCUACAAGACCCUAAUUCACACUUAUUGAAAUACAUUCAGGAGUUGGAAAAUGCUCAAGGGAGAGGUGGCAAAGAAUGCAGUUCAGUUACCAGCUCCAACUGCUCUGAACAUGAACUUGUUAAACUGAAACAAACUAGGGAGACUGCCAACCGCAAGCAUCGUAACUUUUUCAGGAAAAGGGUGAAGUCUCAACCAAAAGAUUCAACAAAUGAAAAUGAGAAAACUGAAUUUUCAAAUAGAAUUGUCAUUUUGAAACCUGCCCUAACAGGCAUGCAAAUUUCUGAAAGUGGAAACAACCUUGCCUCAACGCUAAAUUCUCAUGACAUCGCCCAGUACAAAAAUCCUUCAGUGAGAGUUGGUUCACAUUUUUCUCUUACAGAGAUAAAAAGGAAAUUGAAAUGUGCUAUGGGAAAGGAGAGGCAUGGAAACCCUGAAUUGAUCCCACGCAAACUCCCCGUUGAACGUCAAAAUAAGCUGCCAAGAGGAAAAUGCAAAGAUAAUGCUGGAAUGAGAUCUCCUAAUAAAGACCAUUUCUUCAUUGAAAAAAUUACAAGACCAAUGUUUAAUGUAGUGAAAGGAAACAAGACCGGUACAAUGAAAGACUCUGAAUUGAAUGUGGAACAUGAAAGUGGUAUUCCCAAUCAAAGUGUUUCUAACAUAUAUAUUGAGGCUAGGAAACAUCUGUGUGAGAUGCUAGAUAAUGCUGAUGAGAACACAAACAUUUCAAGCAGGCAGAUGCCCAAAACCCUUGGGAGAAUACUUUCUCUUCCCGAGUACAACUUUUCAAGUCCUGGAAGGGAUUUAGAGCAUCAUUCCGUGACUGCACAGGCAAGAUUUUCUUCCUCAGACAAAACUAGGGAGGUUAGUGAGGAUAAGUUGUCCCCCAAACCAGCAACACGUAUUGGUCUUCCAGAUCAGGAAAUUAACAAUUCAGAGAAGCAGUCAAGCAUUUGUGAUGAAAGAUCUGACAAUAAAGUUCAAGAAAUUAAGUUGGUGUCGAAUCUCUCCCAUGAUGUUAAUCAUGUCAAUACAUCUGAAGCCUGUUAUCCUGUUAGAGAUGAGAUAGUUACUGAAGGUAAUGUAGAAUCUACAAAAGAGAAAAAUGAUUUGGAAUCGUCUUUGGAUCCAAAUGGUUUCAUCAUAGGAAAGGACCAAAAUAUUGAUAUCUCAGAAAUUCCUGAUGGUGCAGGAUGUUCUGAAUGUUUGAAUCAGAUUCUUCUACAGGACAUACCAGAAGAGAACCAAUCAUCAUCUCUACUGUCAUCUCCUCAAUCUUCCAUCACUAAGAAAAUUGAAGAGCUAGAAAAUGGUACAGAUGUAUCUGGGCGACCGAGUCCUGUAUCUGUUCUUGAUACAUCAUUUUCAGAUGAUGACUUUGGCCCUGGGCACUCCAGAUAUCAACCUGUUAAAUUACCAGUACAACCUCUACAAAUUAAAUUUGAAGAGCACGACUCUUCACCUGCAGAACAAUUUGAUAGAAGAAAAUAUUGUUUUGAAGAAAGUGAAUUGAUAUAUGACUACAUCAAAGCUGUCUUGCAUGCCUCUGGCUUAACUACAGAUCAGUUGUUGAUGAAAUGCCUUUCCUCAGACAAGAUACUGGAUCCUUCCUUGUUUGAUCAGGUAGAGCUCUUCUCGAACCUGCUUUGCAACAAUCAGAAGCUCCUAUUUGACUCUAUCAAUGAAGUUCUCAUGGAGAUUUGUCAGCAUUACUUUGGGGCCUCACCUUGGGUUUCGUUUGUAAAUCCUAGCACAAGGCUAACUCCAAGUAUGAAAAGGGUUACUUUAAAGGUCUGGGAAGGAGUGUGCUGGCAUAUGCUUCCCUUGCCCCCACCACGCACUUUAGAGCAAAUUGUUAGGAAAGACAUGGCAAGAAGGGGGACAUGGAUGGACCUUGGACUUGACACGGAAACAAUUGGUUUUGAGAUGGGUGAGGCCAUUCUUGCUGAACUGAUGGAAGACACCAUUUUGAGCCUUGUGAUUGAAAGUCCAGAAAGUAAAUGUUUCUCUGCUUCAAUUUGAGUUGAAGAACAAUGAGAGCAGCUUCCACUUAAAAGACAACUCACUGCCUUUUGAUCAUGCAAGAUGUUAAAGGAAUUCACAUGUGUGAGGUGGAAGGAAAGUAGAGAGGUGAUGAAAAUUGAUCAGGAAGAAUAAUGGAGAGUUAUAGACUUCUUUAAAGCAUAUACAUGGACCUUGGUAAUGUUUCUUUUCACCCUACCUGACUAUUUUGAUAUUGGAUAGUAUAAUGUGAGUGAGAUUGAGGAUACUCAAAUAAGUCACAAGAAGUAAAUUUUGAUAUUGGAUAGUAUAAUGUGGAAAAAAAAUUAAGCUUGUUUACAAUGACAAACAGACAAAGCGACAGUUCUAUUCGGUGUGUGACUCACUUCACCCAGUGAAGGCCAAAGGUGUUUGAUUGUAGAUUUUGUAAAGUUUGAUUUGCUGAUCCCAUUAGAUGGUGUGUUGUAAUUUUGUUUGUAUCAUCCUUUGUAUACUUGCUUUUUGGUUAACCUAUAUUGAUUUCACAAAGUUUGGAAAUAAUGUACACUCAGCUUUCUGUGGUUUCGAAGGGAAGAACUGAGCAGAAAUAUGAAUGACAAGUUGACAAUAAAGAAACUAGGAAGCUGCAGCAUGCUUUAAAACUCUCCGUGUGAA